AUGCUGUCUUUCUUUCCGUUGAUCGGCAUGACCGUAUUCCUCGGUCGUUGUCAUGGAAUCAACCGCGAGUCGAUAGUCAUACCGAGACCACACAGCGGCGCCGAAUACGUCCCCAGAGAUCUGCAGUCCUUUUCAAUUGAAUUUGCUUUCUUUCCAGACUAUGCUGGGAACAAAUCUCACCCUAACAAUUUCUCCAAGAACUUGUUAGAGAACUUUAAGGACUUCACUGGGGUAUAUCCACUUGUCAGAGUUGGGGGAACUUCUCAAGAUCAUUCGGACUACUUUCCCGAACAGGAGGAUAACAUCCAGCUUAUAUACGAGCAUCCAGAUGAUGAUCAACCUAUCCAAAUCAAUUAUGGUCCAACAUUCUUUGAAUCUUACCAUACACUUGGUCCAGUCAAGUUUUUGCACGGCUUAAAUCUUAACCAGAAUCAUUCGAUCAAUCAGCUUCAGGAUGCCGCCAUAGAAGCCUGUACUGCAAUUGGACCGCAGCUACAUCUUUUCGAAUUGGGAAACGAAUGGAAUUUCGCUCCAGGUAGUUACAGAUCGGCCAGCUACUCACUGCUGGACUAUGUCCACGAAUGGAAUCACAAGGCUUCAGUGGUCAAAUCCGUUGUUCAAAAAGCUUGCCCAGGUCCUUUCCCGGGUUUCAUGGCACCCAGCUUCGUCUUGAUGGAUUCCGUCCAAACAAAUGGUUGGACUGUGCAAGAGCUUUAUAACCUUGGAUACGAUGACAAGAACUUGACCAAGGAAAUUUCUUUUCACAAUUAUAUGGGUGCCAAUCUCGAUCCCAGUAGUAACGGAGCUGAUGAUCUUCAGAAAACUCUCAUGAACCACACCAGCAUCAUCGAAAAUUUAGCGCCUCAGAUUACUCGAUCUAAAGAUCUUGCAUAUCUGGGUCAUCUCUACACCCUAGGCGAAAUGAAUUCAAUUGCGGGUCAGGGACGAAACGGAGAAACUAACGUUUUUGGCGAUGCCCUAUGGAUGGUCGAUUUUUCCCUUUGGGCCGCAGCAAAUAAUAUUAAGCGUUUACAUCUGCACCAAGGUCUAAACUACCGAUAUGCUUCAUGGCAGCCCAUUCUUAGCAAAGGAGAAGCCCCAGCCACAAGGCCUCCUUAUUAUGGUCAGAUCAUGGUCGCUGCAGCUUUGGGGCAUGCUGAAAAUUCCCGAGUGGUCAAUAUUCCUUUGAAGAAGGAUACUGAGGCUGCAUAUGGAAUUUAUGAUGGAGAGAAGCUGUCGAAGAUUGUUGUCGUGAACAUGAAGGCUUUCAACGAGACCACUUCAAGCGGUCGACCGAGCCGGAAAUACCAGUUCCAAGUCCCUGGAAGAAAUCAUCAUGUGAAAGUCGAACGAAUGAUCGCUCCUGGAAGCGAUUCAACCAGUGGCGUGACCUUUGCGGGUAUCUCUUAUGACUAUAAUCUUAAGCGUGGAAAACCGGUGACUGUUCACUCGAAGAAAGAGACGGCAGAGGUUCGUGGCGGCACAGUCUCAAUCGAUAUCCCGGACUCUUCGGCGGCUAUCUUGACUAUUCUUUGA